CGCGCGCUCCGAUUGGUUUCCAGUCCGCCUCCCUCACCCCUCCACAUCGUGCGCGCCGAGGCCUAAGUCACGGCCUUGUUGGCGGAGGAGACUUCCCGGCGUCGCUCACGGCUCCGCCGCGGUUAACCACCGCCGCUAGACCCCCCCUCUCCCCUCCGUCCAAGCCGGCGUUCGUUACCGGCGGUCACCAGUGGCGUGCUAAGGAUUUACAAAGUUUUAUAGGAGAGCAAAAUGCCGCACCGGGGCGAGACGAGGAAACGCCGCUCAGCCUCCCCGCGCCUAAGCCAGCGCGUGAAAGUGGAAGGUGUUCCGGACGAUCGACACAGGCGGAGGGAACACAAGAAUUCCAGUGGACGCGUCGACCUUAGAGAUCGACAGAGGGUACACGAGGCGGCGCCGGCACCGGCAGAUGCGAGCUUGCGUAAGAAAAUCAAGCAGGAGCCGCGCGACAGGAGCGAGCAUGACGACAGUGCCGGCGAUCGCAAGAGGGAGCUGGCCCGGAACGGCAGAGAACGCGUUCACGACAGGGACGAUCAGAGAAGAGAAGAUCAGAGAAGGGACGAUCAGCGGAGAGACGAUCAGAGGAGAGACGAUCAGAGAAGAGACGAUCAUAGAAAGGACGAUCAGCGGAGAGACGAGCAGAGAAGACAACGGAGCGAUGAGCAAAGAGUUGAUCGUGCCGGCGCCUCGCACAGGCACGACAGGGAGCGCCAGCGGGUGCAGGAGUCUAGCGGGGGCGAUGCUGCCACCGACACGCAGCGCGAGCGAGAGAUGAACGACCGGCGCCGUCUAGCGGCUCGCCAGCGGCGCCAGCAGCAGUCGCCGGUGGACAACCCUUUCGAAACACAGUCGCCCACUGAGAGCCAGCGCUUCGGGCAGCCGGCCGACGCGAACGAAGAGGAAGAGCCGGGCGACGGCGGCGGUGGAGUCGAGAAGGAGCAGCCGAACUUCGCGCUAUCGGGGGCGCUAACGGAGGACACCAACACGUUCCGCGGCGUCGUCAUCAAGUACAACGAGCCGCCCGAGUCGCGCAUGCCGCGCAAGCGUUGGCGGCUGUACCCGUUUAAGAAUGACGAGCCGCUGCCCAUCAUGCACGUACACCGGCAGAGUGCGUACCUGCUGGGGCGCCAGCGCCGCAUCGCCGACAUCCCCAUCGACCACCCCAGCUGCUCGAAGCAGCACGCUGUGCUGCAGUACAGGCUGGUGGAGUUUGAGCGUCAGGAUGGUACGACGGGCCGGCGCGUGAAGCCGUACAUCAUCGACCUGGGAUCGGCCAACGGCACGUACCUCAACAACCAGCGCAUGGACGCGCAGCGCUACUACGAACUGCGCGAGCGCGACGUGCUCAGGUUCGGCUUCAGCUCGCGGGAGUACGUGCUCCUCCACGAGGGCAGCGACACCACGGUCGUGGGGGCAGCCGGCGACGAAGAGGAUGAAGAGGAGGAGGAGGAGCAGGAGGCGUCUGCCGAGGAGAUGGUUGGGGAGGCGGCGAAGGCCAAGGAAGACGACUUGAAGACGAAACGGUCCGUGAUGAGCAAGAAAAAGUGAAUGGCGCAGAACGGAUCGCCCGCCAGGAGAAAAAUAUUCCCUGCCCUGGCACGCCACAUCCAGUUUUACCUCUCACUACGAGCCGUGGCUACUACGACUGGUCACGGGUCGCCUACUCCCAAACCUUGCACAGCGACCCGAAAAAAAUAUUCAGGAGCUGAAUGAAGAAAUCGAGGGACCCCCCCCCCCUCCCCUCCCACUCUGGUCGUCAUCAUCGCUGUCAUCGCGAAGUGGAGAAGCGAUGAUGAACGGAGCCUCGGGAUAAACAAUAUGGGCCGCCGUUGUUGAGACAAGGGCCUCCUGGGGAACGUGGAAAGGUGGUCGAACGGAGCUGUGCACAACGAUGCAGUCGUUGUAUAUUUGUGUUAUUUGGGUGGUGGGGGGGGGUGUUUGCACGCGAGUGACCAUAAUCUGCCGGGCAUUGAACGCCGCGCUAAUUUUUCGUUUGAGAUGGAUUCUGGCGAACGUUUGCGGUGUGCGCUCGAGAGAGAGCCUCUGUACGAUCGGCGGUAGUUUUCUGCCGUGAACAACGUGCCAUUGUCGCAGAGUUGAUCGGCUCUCCGUCAGUCGUUUAAUUUUGCAAAUGAUGAGAAAGCUCAUGGCAACAGAAACAUUGAAGCAAGACUGGAAAAACAAACAGAUUUAACAACUUGCAGAGAUGCCCGCAUUGCAAGUGCUCAUGUGUCGGUCUACGUAUGGGGCUCCCAGAGGCCCAUAGCAGUGGCGAACAUUGACGGCUGUGCUGUACUGAUGAGUUCUAUUGAGGUCGAAACAUAUCUAGAGUUGUGUGCUUGUUUCACCGCUGCCUGUCAGUAUGGCCACAUGUUCUCAACUUUUUGAUUUGGUGGCACUAAACAAAAUCAUCACAAAUUCAGUUAUUUUGGGCUGAUGGUCUGGACAAGGCUGAGAGCAUUUGUACAUGCGAUGGUGCACGCUCGUGUGUGUUGUUGAAUCUUAGCCAGUCCACUGUUGGAUCAAGGCCCUCCCCAUGCUGUGUCCGUCAUGGUGGUUGUUUGAACAUGCUUCACCACGCUGGUCAGUGGUGGGGGGAGCUGACUAAAGCCUCUGCGACAUCACGAAAACGGUGGCAAUCUCUUAACUUCGCGGGAUCCCACUCCUUAGAGCAAGUUUUGUGGGACAACCUGGGACACACAGCCUACGUGUAUAGGCAGAAGAGCAAGAGGCGCUUUUGAGUUUCCCCUUUAAGUUAAAAGGGGAUGCUGCCCCUGCAGUGUAAAGAUCAGCACACUGGAUUUGCAGUCCAGAGGCUGCCAGUUCGGUUCCAUCUCCCUUGCUCUGUCCGCUUGAAUAGACCCCAUUUGAAAUUAACCCCUCUGCAUAGGGACUCGUAGACUUGCAGAGCACCCAUAUAUUUGGGACUCGCAAACUAACAUAGGACUUAUUGACUUACAUAUAAUUCAUAGGAUUGCAGGAGUUUAACAAUCCGUACCUAUCGGUGUGCGUCAUUACACCCAACCACAUACGGAGUGUCCUUGUGUUUUGUGCAGACGGUGUUGCCUUCUGCGUCUGCCGCAUGGAGACGCAGGUCAGGGCUCAGGGUUUAGUUGUGGUUUCUCCGUGACUCUGUGCGUCUCGCUUUGUGUGUCUCUGCGUCUCUCUUCUCUGUGUCUGUCGCUGUGUCUGUGUCUUGUCUCAGUUGAUUAUCAUAAAUUAGAACCUCCCCAAACCAACUGAAAAACCAACCCCAAUCUUGAAAUAAAAACAAACUUCCUGCUUAGAUGAGCAUUUCGGCAAUGGUGUUCUUCCAUUUACAGCCACGAUCCAGUGGUGGAAAUUGAACAUUUCUAUAACAGGGGCGAAUCGAUACACAGGACGACCACUUAACUUCCCCACAACGUGGCCCUCGUUUUAUCGACCCUGAAGAAAUGAUGGGCCCGAGUCCAAUCCCCAUUCUGGACCUUUGAGCCACCAGAUUGCAGUUUAAAAUGAAAAGGCGCAUCCCCGAAAUUCCUUGCGCAUGCCAGUGCCAACAGGAUAGCGCCAAAAGGGCCCACCAUUGCCACAGCCCCCAUUCAUCGCCACCGACAACCUUGCAGUGCCAACGAGAAAUUAAAUACGGAACGGUGACGCAAAGGUUCAAGGUUGACCAUUCUUGGAUCUGCGUAACGGAGUGAAAGGUGGUGCAGCGGCUUUCGUGCGUCGCUGCCGGCCGAAGGGGCCCCCACCAAGUGGUUGAUCGGUUUGAGUUUAGAGUUGAGUGCGUUUAACGAGGGGUGAUACCUCAAGAGAGACCAGGAUAGAGGAGUCUCAGCUGCAAAAGAGUGACCUGUGUCACCUAAAUGACAAAAAAACAAAAGUAAAGUA